CCAUAGGUUCGACCUGAUUUUAUGAAAAGUACACCCGAAAAUGAUGAACGCGACUUUCAACCGUAACGUCGUCGAUCUCUCCCGUUCUUUUCUAUUCGAGGCCACCGGAGAUUCGUCAGACGUCAAGUCUUCCGUUUUCCACCAGGAUUCGGCGGCGGUUGAGGACGAUGAUGCCCAGUCAUGGAGCGGCCGUGGAGUUAUCGGGGAGGUUGACGAAGACCGCCGCAACGACGAUUGUCCUCAUGAUCGAGAGCUUAUUAAUCCUAUUUCCGGUUGUUUUAGGUUCGAGGAAAAAGGUUACAAUAAUUAUAACAUCUGCGACGAGGACGAGGAUGAGGACGAGGACGAGGAGGAAGAUGAAGUAAAUCAACGGCCGAUGUUGAGCAUGAAGACUGGGCAUAAGAUCUGGCCGUUCGGAGUUAUGGGUGCAAAACGGACAAAAAAAACAAAGGUUUGUAAUUUGGAGAUAAUUAGUGAAAAGGAGAGGGAUAGGCUCUUCUGGGAAGAUUGUUUAUUGUUCUAAUACUCCUUCCGUCCCAAAAUGAUAGUCCUGUAUUUUCUUUUUUGUAUGUCCCAAAAUGAUGGUCUUGUUUCCCUUUUUUGAAAGAAAGAUGUGGUUCAUAUUAUUUCACUUUAUUAUAGUCAAAUCUAAACCACAAUUUUUACCUUUUCAACCA